AUGAACUCCUUCCCAAUCCCAUCCGUCUCCCAGCCGGACGAGCUCGUCCGCAUGCAAGACAUCAACGUGGACAGCACCUACCAGCUCCGCAACCCCUCCGACAACAAUGCUGCGCUCUGGGUCAAGAACCUCCCCCCGGGCUGCAGCAUCCGCCAGCUGAUCCGAGCCAUCAUGAGUGUUGGCCCAACUGGACGGGUCCUCUUCAGCAAGAUCCUCCCGCCGGAGCGCCCCGGCCAGCAGUGGGCGGCAAAGGUGGUCUUUGCCACCCGGGAGGAGGCCCAAAGACUGCGAGAGCUGGCUCAGAAGAACCAGUUCUUCAUGGAGGGCCGCCUCAUCUGGGCGGACUGGAACUGGGUCUUCUCGUCGUCUUUCCUGGCCCUUGAGCCUAUCACCCGGGUUCUUAUCAUCGAGGGCCCCACCAGGUUCGUCAACAUCUACAACCUCGAUCGGAUGUUCAAGAAGAAGCUCAAGAGGUUCGAUACCGAGGAGGUGACCUUCCAAGAGCUCCCAACCGGAGCUGACGGUGUGCCCCGUGGGAGCAUCGUCUGGCGCUUCGGAAGCUGGUACGACCAGGCAGAGACUGCUGUUCAGCAGCUGGAGGCAAAGUACACCGGCAUCGUAGAGGUGCGAUACGGCCUCGACCCCUGCGCCUUUCCUGCGCCAGAUGAUUUCAUUCCGUGA